GUGUUGGCGGAUAAGAGGGGGAACGCCAAAGGGGAUGGAUAGAAGAGUAAAGAGAGCUGGUGGUGCCGUCGAGCGAUUCGCAGGGGACACAAGGGAGUGGGAAUGACAGACGAACGAAAGCGCGAGGCGAGUGGGAUCUAGUGGUGGGAGACGCACGGGCAUCCUCUCUCUGUACUGCGAGGGUUUCCAGGCAGCGGCAGUCCACGGCCCGGGACAGCGGAACCAGGACCAAGCCUGGCUACUGCGACCAAGUUGUUACCGACACGAGUGUGAUUGAUACGCGGGUUGUCGGUGGCGCUCACCACGCACAUUUUUCACUCAAAAAUUAAUUUUAUUGUUAGUCAACUAUCAUUUCAUUUUAGUUUUUUUAUUGUGUUUUCAAAGGAUUUUUUUUUUCACAUGUGGGUUCUGUGUAAUGCCAAAAAUUGAUGGAUUAAUGUAGUUUUGAAAUUAUUUUUUUCGUAUGGUUAUUUUUUUUAUUCUUACAUCAAGACGUUGGAUGUACGAAAAAUGAAAAAAAAAUAUACCUUUAGUUGGCGGGAAAAAAUAAAUAGCCGGGAUGUAGUAGGUUAAAGAAAAAUUGAUAGUUACAUCCCGUGGGACGUCAGGCAGUGCGGAAGCGUGGAUAUUAUUUGAGUUUUAAAAAAAGUGCGGAAAAGUUGAGCCCGGAAGAGAGUCUGGAAGAACUGGGAAAAAUAUAUGUAUAGACACACAUAGAUAUGAGAAUAAGAGAUAAAAUAAAAAUAAAAAGACUCGAGUAAGAAAAAAGCAAGAGGGUGGAUAAGAAAUAAAGGGUAAGAAGGUGGCUGAGGGGUUUGAGAAAAGAACAAGCGGUGUAAGAUCAAGCAAAAGUGUAGAAAGCGAUCAGAGAACAUGAGAGACGUGGAUACGAUCAUCACGAGCUGCGGGCGCACGUGCGCCCCACGAGGAAGUUACUACUACGAGUUGUCGAGGCAUCGCUUCAUCCGCAUUAGAGUGUAGUCAAGCCCCCGAGGUUUCACUCGUUUGUCGAGCGUGCAAUUUAAAUGAUUUCAUCAUUUAUAAUUUUACUACCCUUAUCAGUGUCAUUGUUAUUAUUUUCAUCACCACCGUCUUUGUUUGCUCGCACAAGAGGUUACAGUAAUCGUUACCCUCCCACUAAAAUUACAACCCUCUUGUCACCGUAUCCCGUUGCAGACUUUUGGUUAAUUGUCAUCAACAAGUCUCUCUGCUUUUGACGACUAAACAAAAAGCUCCUAAGAAAACGUGCCAGUUUAUAUUUAAAAUAAAGAAACAAUUGGGAUGCAAUCACGACUAUAAUUAUCAUUAUUAUAAUCAUAAGUCAUUAAAAAUUAAAACUAAAAAUAUAUUUUCUACAAUCGGCGGAAAAGUGGCUUUUAAUGCACGGACAAGGGAUGAGAGACAUUCGCCGCGAGGCAGGAUUACCGCCGGUCAACAAGACACUCAACGCCGCGGUAUUACUCAGACGAUCCUUUUGUGUCCUUGUACUUGGCCUUAUCGGACAAGCCAUCGGAUAUGGGAGCCCCAAAACCCAUCCGUAUCAAGAGACAUUCACUUCGGGUCCAGCAUUCGUCCGGCCCGUCGGCAAUCAGACAGCAGCAAUUGGACGUGAAGCUGUGUUUUCUUGUUACGUCCGUAACAUCGGAAAAUACAAGGUAGGAUGGCUGCGAGCGUCUGACCAAACUGUUCUCUCGUUGAACACACGAAUCGUGACCCACAAUAACCGUAUCGCAGUUUCUUAUGAAGCCGGUGGUUGUGCUGGCACGUCCAAUGGUAUCUCUAUGGGUUCUGGAAGCACGGGUAGUAUUGCCAGUGGUAACAGUGGAUCGGUACCAGUAAUAGCGGCAGCAGUAGCCGUACCAGUUCAUGGCGUGAUUGGGAGCAAUCAGGUGAUAGACGAGGGCGUCAACUGCACGUGGCGGUUGCAUAUACGGCAUCUGAAAAAGGCUGACGAGGGAUGCUAUAUGUGUCAAAUCAAUACAUCACCUAUGAUCUCUGAGCUCGGAUGUUUAUCUAUUUUAGUUCCACCGGACAUUGUUUAUGGGGACGAAACGAGCAAGGACUUGUCAGUAUCGGAGGGGGAAAACGUCACGCUCAAUUGUCAAGCCACAGGGACACCGAAGCCGAGAGUUUCUUGGCGACGGGAGGACGGGCAGCACAUCCUCAUCAGGAAUUCGACCUCGUUCUCGAGUUCCUACAGUGGAAAAAGCUACAAUUUUCAAAAAGUUGAAAUUUACAAUGAGUCAAAGCUGCAUUUUUAUCGAGUGGACAGACAGCAAAUGGGUGUUUAUAUGUGUAUUGCAACCAAUGAUGUUCCACCUACUGUCAGCAAACGUGUCGCACUCGAAGUAAAUUUUGCACCGACGGUGCAAGUUCGGAGCCAGCUGUUGGGAGCACCAUUGGGUACUCGAGUGCAAUUGGACUGCUCUAUCGAGGCACAUCCUAAUACGAUAAACUUUUGGGAGAGAAACCGAACGGAAAUGCUGGUCGACGGGCCAAAGUACGAAAUCCAUGAAGAACGUUCUGGCUACCAAGUAGUAAUAGCACUUGUGAUAAAAAAAUUUACCGAGCAAGAUGUGGGUACUUACGUCUGCAUUGCCUCGAACAUUUUAGGAAAAGCCGAGGGUACUUCAAGACUCUACAAAAUAAACCUCACCGACGACGUGUCAAUUAUCGGCGGAUUGGCAGAGGCAGCUCGUGGCUCGAGAUCAUCAUCGAACACACGGCCAAGCAGCCUGUUCUUUAUAUCACUCGGAGCGAUAUCACUAUUCUCCCAUGGCCUCUGUUCACUGCGGUGAACAGAGUACAGUAGCAGUCGACCUUUAUUAUCCUGAUGAAAGUGUGUGCACGGCUGGGGUGCAUAUCGCGCUAAAACAACGGCCGACUGAUCAACCACCGAGUGAGCGAGCGAGGGAAUAAACCAACCAACGAGUAAGUCAGCAAGCUCCAAGCUACACUGACUCUACAUCAAGAGUAUGCACCACAAACCAGCUACUCAUCUACUCAUCUACUCAUCCACCGCAGAUAGUAGCUGCUCUCAUACAUAUAUCCAGCAUCCACUGUAGAGAAAACAAAACAGUUGUGUGCCAAAGAUCGAUCGGAGCCUCAUCAUAAUCAUCGAGGCUCCUCUCUCGUGCACCACCACCAGCACCACCAGCAUCCCUUUCAAUCAAUCGGCAUUAUAUGUAUCUCGCCUGUGCUUCGCGCCUUUUUUCUCAUCUCAUCUAUGCCUCUCUUUACGUUACCUAUCGUCAUUAAACACACACACUCACGCACGUGUUAACACACGCGAAUCUAUUUAUAAACGCAUUAAUUGCCGUCACACUUUAUCAACAAAGAUUUUUAAAAAAAGUUAUCGACAUCAGCAUGUGCCAAAGAAUAAAUAAAUAAUAAAAUAAUAAUGAUAAUAAUUUAACGACAAAGGAUAGAAAUUAUUUCAUAUCACGAGACGUAUCUUUUCUAAAACAUAUCGUUUGUCUUACAAAGUGAGUAAAUAAAUAUAAAUUAUAUUAUGUUAAAUAAAUGGUAUAAUGGAUCCUCUUUAACAAUCGGUUUAUACGGGAGUACAUAAUAAAUAUUAAAUGAUAAAAGUGGUGGUCGGUUUGCUCAGAACUUACGAUCCCAGAGGAUUGCAUUUGUUAGAAUAAUUUUACGUGCGAUUUAACGUUAAUACCAAAGCCGCGGAAGUUUAUUUGUAGCCGCAAUAUAAGCUAUCGCAAUGUAAAAGCGACACAUUUUAUUAAUGUACGGUAGAGUUGGAGAGGACAAUAUGUAUAUGUUGCUGUGUAAUUUAAUUGUAUGGAUCUGUAUUUAUGUAUGUAAAAAUUUUGUAUGUUUGUGUUGUAUAAGUGCGUGUAUAUAUAUACAUAUAAUAAUAUAUAAAAUUAUUUUACGUUAGUAUAAUGGUAUUGUUUGUAUAUUUAUUGAGCAGAAAUCUCCAUUACAACGUUAUGUUAUUUUUCUGUGUUGUAUGCUCGAGUAUAGUCAACUGAUGAACUUUCAUAUGUAUAUAUAUAAACAUAUAAAUAUAUAUAUGUAUUGAUGUUCUCGUUUGAACAUUGAGAUAUCAGCUCUCUAUUUUAUUUUCGCUUGCCCAGUGUUCGGCAUACGAUGCACUCGACUGAUACUAUCAAACUGAAUAAAAAAACUAUAAUAAAUAAAUAAUAUACAAUAAAGUGAAAUAAAAUGGAAUAAUAAUAAUAAUAAAUGAAUAAUAUAAUAGAAUAUGGCUCUGCCUUUGUGAGUGAUGCUUCUUUUUGAAAUAAAAAAUAAUGAAUUAAUAAAAUUCAGUUGAUUUAAUAAUUUUAAUUUUAAUAAUAAUAAUAAUGAUAAUAAUAAUAUAAGUAUAUUUAUUAAUGUAUGUAAAAGAAUAUAAUAAUAAAUAUAAAAACUAACGAGAGGAUAGGUAUGAUAAUUAGAAUUAAAAUUGAUGGUAAAAAAAAUUAAGAUUAAAUUUUGAAAGAAAAAUAAAUAAUGAGGAUAUGUUUAUAUAUAUGUAUAUAUUAGGGUGGGCUGAAAAAAAAUAAUUUUUUUUUUGUAGUUACUGUAUUGUUAAUAUUAAGAGGUGCGUCUUUGUGAUUUUUGAUUUCCCAUUUAAAUUACGCGGGAAAAAAAAUAGAUUUUGAAAUUUGGUAGCUCGGCAAUGGCUCAUUGUACAGAUAAGUUCAAGAUAUAUUUUUGUAGGGAAUUAAACGUUCUACAAAAAAAGUCUUAUCAUUUUUUGAUAAAUCCAUCUGUUCAAAAGUUAUUGGAGCUCGAAGUCAAAUUAGAGUAAAUUUUGAGAUCUUUAUACUUUUAUGGCUAAAAUAUCAGACUUAUCACGAAAUGUCAUAAGAACUUUUUUGUAGACAAUUUUAUUUCCUACAAAUUCUUUGUAGUAAAGUUUUUUCAAAUUCCGCAUUGUUUUCUAGUUAUUUUCAUUUCAAUGUCGAGCAUUUGAAAUUGAUCAGAGCUACUUUUUUAAAAGCUUGACAUUAAAAUUAGUUUUUUUUUUUGGCCCACCCUAAUAUAUAUACAUAGUAUGUAUAUGCAAUUGUCGCUUCUUUGGCUUUAUUACGUACGUACCAUACGGUGCAUCUUUUCUUAUCCAUCGUUGUAAUUUAGGUAAAGAAUAAAAAAUAAGUAAGAGAAAAUAAUAAUAAAAAUAGUAUUUAAUUAAAAAAUAAUAAAAAGAGAGAGAAUGAUAAUUCAAAAAAUAAAAACAAAAUAAAUCUACUUUUUCCACUGAAAAUUUGUGCAACGUUAAUUGCGGGUAAACGUAGAAUGAGAGGAAAAUGUGCCGGAGGAGAAAGAGAAAAAUAAAAAAAUUAUAAGUAAGAAAUAAUAAUAACAAUUAUGAUUAAAAAAGGAAAAAAAAAAAAUUAGUUUUUACGGAGUGAAAUUUUGAGUGGCGAAUAUUUUAUUCGUUAUUUUCUUUAAUAUAAAUAAUUGAAAUGGACGUCUAUAAUUGGAGAAAGUUUUCAUUGCUGUUAUUGUUCAUUAUAAAAUUGUUACUUUGUAAUUUGAAAAUAUUAAAUUAUUUAUUGGUUUGCGACAAUAUAA